AUGGUGAGUUACCUACUCGAUUGCCAGCCGCAAGGGGAUUACAUCGAGCUUCACCGGAAGCGCCAUGGCUACCGGCUGGAUCACUUCAAGCGGAAGCGGAAGAAGGAAGCUCGAGUGGUCCACGAGCGGUCUGCUUACGCCAAAAAGGUUCUAGGAAUUAAGGGAAAGAUGUUUGCUAAGAAGCGUUAUGCAGAAAAGGCUUUGAUGAAGAAGACGAUUGCCAUGCAUGAGGAAUCAUCAAGUAGACGCAAAGUGGAUGAUAAGGUUCAUGAUGGAGCUCUUCCUGCAUAUCUUUUGGAUCGUGAUACAACAACGACAGCAAAGGUCCUUAGCAACACUAUUAAACAAAAGAGGAAGGAGAAGGCUGGCAAAUGGGAUGUUCCUUUACCUAAGGUCAGACCUGUUGCUGAGGUAGAAAUGUUCCGAGUUAUUCUAUCUGGGAAGCGCAAAACCAUAGAUCACCUUUCCUUCCAGCGCCGGACCUCACUGCCGUUACAAGGGGCCCGGCCGGCCUUGCUCGACGUCGCGAAAACCUCCCACAAGAUCAGGAAGCCAUCGGCGCGCCACGGUAGUAAAGAUGGUCCGGUUGUAAUCUACAUGUCCUCGCCUAAGGUCAUACACGUCCAUCCCAAGGAUUUCAUGUCCCUCGUGCAAUGUCUCACGGGCAAUGCCGCCACCAUUGCUCGUCUCACUAAAACAUCUUCAUCGCCAGCACCGGCAGCUUAA